GCCGUUCAAUCGCGUUGCCGACUCUGAGUGACCACCCAUCCUGGAGUCGUUCCUGCAUCCUCUCUUCAUCCAGGACUCGCAACACAAUAUGCGACGUGCACAAAGUACUAGACACUAUGGCGCCCAUCGAAACGCCAGAGGAAUCCACGGAAGACGUUCUGCGACGACAGCUCAUUGAGAAGACAGAGAGUGCGACAGAGUACGCUAUCGUCACUGCACAACUACAGACCCAGAUCCAAUCGCUGCAGGCCCAGCUGGCGCAGCGACCACCACUAAACGCCGUUCAAGAGUUGCAGAAGGAAUACACGAAUCUUGAUAUCCUCUUGCAAGGAACUCAACGGGAGAACGAGCGAUGCAUGACUGAGCUAGAGAGAGGGAAGGUACGAGAGAAGAUGUUGGAGCGCGAGUUGGAGAAGCUGGCAGGGGUGAACUGGCAGGCGAAUCUCAAUAUCGUUCCUUCGACUACGCCUUCAGUCAUGCCCUCACGCGCGCCGACAGACUCCCGGGCAGUGAACGCUACGGCGCAGACCACUCUGGCUCACAUCGAGCAAGUCCGGAUGCUCAUCCUCGGAAUGGAGCAACGGCUGCAGUCCCGGGAGGAUAAAUUGAUGAAGACCAUCGAGCGUGCGGAAACCGAAGGUGCUCGAUUCGAACAUAGGAUAGCCGGCGUGAUGGAGAGUGGGAGGGAGACCGGCGACAGCGGUAGAGCUGAGUCGUCUCAGUCGGGGGUCAAUUUUGAGAUCCAGUUUUACUCACUUGCCACGAUAACCAAAUCUCGUGGGCUUCCGGAAGGCAAGGGCUGGCGGUAACCCCUGCAUUCUUGUAGCCCUGACAGCCAGUCACAUCUGGUUCGGAGAGAAAUUAGUGGGAGCAUAGGGCCCGGGUACGUGGCACGUGAGGGCGGUGGUGGUAGAUUUUAGUCGCGAGAAUUGAGGAUGAUGCAGACCCCGCGAUGUCAUGUAUCAGUACGAUCAUGGCUUCGAUGCUGAGAGCUGUCUUAACAUAACACGUACCCUCUG